CAUUUCACUAUCCUUGAGUAUUCUCAGUCUAACCCUUUAAUGAGAUGGAAGCCUUCCUCUAAAUCAGCUGUGUGGGAAUGACAACACAGUUGCUUUGUGAAUCAUGCUGUGACUUAAUAAGAGAGGGAAGUUGUCAAAAGGUGACUAGCACAGCUGAGCAAAUUUCAAGGACCACAUGUAGUUAGUUAAGGUUGACCUGGAAGUAGCCAUGAAGUACCCCCUGGUUCCUUUAAUCAAUGAACUAACAUUUCCCAUUCUAUUCUUCUGGUUUUGCUUGCCCUUUGGGUUGCUGUUGAUAUUAGUGAUUUUCUGGCUUCAGCUUCUGCUCCAUAAAGCCCAGUUACCCAACAUCAAAGAGAUCAAGAUACCACCUUCUGAUACUUCUGAUGGGAAUUCAUACUUCAGAUAUGGGAAUGAAUUUGAAGGAAAUAGCAAGCAGAGUAAGAUGCGUGGUAGAGGUUCAGAAAGUAACAUAUGGAGUCUUCCACCUGUGGCACAAAUGUGGUCCAAGCCUCUCCAUUUGAGCUCGAAAGACACAGUUCAAAGAAAACACUUCUGUGCUAUUAUUUCAGACAGAUGGAACCAGGGUGUCAACCAGCAUUAUUUAGAUAAAAGUUCCUUGUAUAACAAUAUAAUGUCACUAUGCUCUGUGGUGUUGGCUCCUCCCAUCAGUCUUCUGUACCAGUUGUUUGAGCUCUCCAAUGUUCUUCAAAUUCAGUCGCUACUUUCUUCUCCAAUUAUUUGCACUUAUCAGCUUUUUGCCGGGCUGAAUGGAAAGGCUGUGAAGAUUCUGGCUUCCCUAAAGCACGAAAUCCGUGAUCUAUCCAUUUCCAUCAGGAAGAAGAGAAAGAAAAGAGUCUCUGGGGCUAAAGGCUAAUAAUGGGACAUGCACAAUGUAUUUAAAAUACAGCUGCUUCCGCAAACAAA